CUUCUCCUGGUAUAAUGGAUAUGGGUAUGAAGAACAGUGAUAUUUCAACUCUUGAUCAAGUUGAAAAAUAUUUAUUUGAUGAUCAUCAAGAUUUCUCGUUUCAAACUCCAACUUCUCUCAUGAACCCCAAACUAGAAACUCAUAUUCCACACACCCAAAGUUCCAUCAUCUUCGAACCAAAAUCUCAAAAUACUAUUCGCACGCCAUCAUCAUCGACGUCGUCAAAUGAUGAUAAUUAUCGAAAGAAUAAUAAAAAGGCAUCAAAGAGUUUGGGUGAAUGGAAACAUUACAGAGGAGUAAGAAGAAGACCAUGGGGGAAGUUUGCGGCAGAAAUUAGAGACCCUAAUAAAAAAGGAUGUAGGAUUUGGUUAGGUACGUUUGAUACUGAUAUUGAUGCUGCUAGAGCUUACGAUGUUGCUGCAUUUCAGUUGAGAGGGAGUAGAGCUAUUCUUAAUUUCCCACUUGAAGCUGGAAAUUUGCAUUCUAAACAGAGGCAUGACUCAUCAAGUGAGACCCAUUUAUAGUAAUUUGGUAUUUCCACCCAAAUUUAUAGUUGUGGGAACACGGCCGUAAAAAGUCUAGUGGAAUUCAGUUUGGCCGUGCACCGAUAUUAUACUUGGCAAUUUUAUUAUAAUAAUAAAACUUCCUCUAAAUUUAGUCUA